CCUCGACCAAUCAGAGCGCCCUGUCCCAUCAUUCUCGGAGGGUUGCCAACAUGGCCGGUGUUGCUCUGUAAAGGCUCCAAGACCGAAGCGGGUUCUUGGGAGCAAAUCGGUUUUCUAAAGGAUUCUAGGAGGGAAAAACACACAAAUAAAAGCUUGUGAUGCCAUUGAGCAAGGCUUCAUGGAACCACAGAUCCACCGGAAGCAACUGGGCAGAUAAAAGUGGAAACAUACACAGCGUCUGUGCGGAUGAGCUGAACGUUCUCCGGUGUUCUCUCUGCGUGUCUCCACAAAGAUGUUCUGAACGGGAUUAGCCGAGCUGCAUCCCAGCCUCCGGAGAAAACUCAGAGAGAGAGGUCCCCGAGUCUCCCCUCUGUUCUUCGGCUCCUGCAGGCUGGGGGGGGACGUGAGGCUUCGAGGCUUCUUGCCGACGGCCUCCAGUUCGACGAGCGGAUUAGGGCUGAACAGCGUGUGGAACCAUGCAGGCGCAGGAUAAGAAGCAGGAGGAGGACGGUGUGGUUCUGGGUCUUUCAACUCGUCAGGCUCUGGUGAAGCUGCGGGAUCAGCUCAGCGUCCUUCUGGAUCAGCACCAGAGGACGAUCCAGCAAAGAGCUACAGCUGUGGAGCAGUGGAGGUUCCUUAGCCAUGAUAACCGUCACUCCUGCCUCCACUGGCCGGGGGCCGCCCUCACUCUCCUGGUGGUCCUGGGUUUCCUCUGUUGCCGUGACAGCCAGCCCUGGGGCAGCUCAGGCGUGGAGCUGGUGAACGCCGCUGCUCUGCUGCUCCUCUUUGUGUUAAACCUGCUGCUGGUCGGACGGCAGGAGAAGCUGAAGCGGCUGGAGAUGCUGCGGCGCCUCAAAGGCAUCAUUGGACAGUUGAACGAAUAUCUGUCAGGUUGUGUGGGGGAGGUUCAGUGGCCCACGUCUCUGUAUCCAGACCUGUACACACCUUCCUCCCCUUCAUGGUCCCUACACUGGACAUACCGAGACGCUCAGCUGGUCAACCUGCCUGUCAGCCUGCUGGUGGAAGGAGACAUCAUUGCGUUAAGACCUGGACAAGAGGCUUUUGUGUCUCUUAGAGGGAUCAAGGACAAUGAGCACAUCGUGUUAGAACCAGGAGAUCUGUUCCCACCCUUCUCCCCCCCUCCCUCCCCUCGAACCACAGAGAAGAAAUCAGUCCAGUGUCCCCUCCAGCACCGCCUUUUCAAAGUGGUCCGUACUCCGGUUUUGGACCCCGUCAGGAGUAGUCUGGAUCAAGCCUUGUCCCGGCCUGUCACGGUUCUUGACAACGAGCGGUUUACUGUCCAGUCCAUCAUCAUGAAGCGCGUCUGUCCUGUGGUUCUGGUGGCGUUUCUGGUGGUGAAUGUUGUGCGUUUCUUCUGCAAUGCCCCCAGCCUCACACCUGCCCCAUAUAAUUUCAUCCAGCUUCAGGUGAUGGGCAUCCUACCCAUUCUGCCCCUGCUCUUCCCGGUGAUGUGGGUGCUGGUGAACGCCUUCGGGGAGGCCCGAGUGUUGGCGGAGUUCAGCCGUGUAUCUCCAGCUGGCCUGCUUGCUAAGUUCUCCGAGGACACACUCAGCAGCUACACGGAUGCUGUUUCCUCCCAGGAAAUGCUGCGCUGCGUCUGGAGACACCUGGUCGGCGUCAUGAAAGGAGAGUCUCAGACUCUCUGCUACACCUCCAGCUUGCUGCACACGCUGGGGUCCGUCACUGUCUUGUGCUGUGUGGACAAGCAGGGCAUCCUAUCGUGGCCAAACCCCAGUCCAGAGACGGUGCUUUUCUUUAGUGGGAGGGUGGAGCCCCCUCACAACAGCCAGGAGGACCUUCAGGAUGACCUGUCAGUUUCCUCAUAUUACCGCAUGGAAGCAGAAGACAGAGACGGGGUCCAGGAAGCAGAGGCUCUGCUCUGUGAGCCCAAAGAGUCCGCCACACAACCUGGAGAGGCGCCUGAGCCCGGGAACCCCCCACGGAACCCGGCCCUCUCCAUGGAAAUGCUGCAGCCGUGGCAGCCCUGCCAGCUCGCUCAGGCUUGCACCAAACAACACUCUGGAUCGAACGUGAGCUUCAGCCAUGACAUCGAGGGCGGGAAGGAGGAGCAGGGUGUAGCUCCUAGCUCGGCAGAGAUGGAGGCAGAGGACUUUGUGUGUGACUACCACCUAGAGAUGCUGAGCCUUUCUCAGGACCAGCAGAACCCGGCUAGCAUCCAGUUUGACGACCUUUCCUGGCAGUGCCACCUGCCGUCCCUGAAACCCCUGGGCCUCAACAUCAUGCUGAACCUGUGCAACGCUGGCGUGACCCAGCAGCUGUGCCGCUUCUCCGACCACCUGUCCCACCUGGCUCUGCAGGAGAGUCAGGGGAGUGUGCUGCCUGUCUAUGUGCCCUGGGGGCUCUGUGAGCUCUCCAGACUCAUCGGAUUCACUCCUGGUGCGCGGGAGCUGUUCAAACAAGAGAACCACUUGGCUCUGUACCAGCUGCCAUGUAGAGAGAAGACCAAGGAGCUGGCCUCUCGCCGCCUUCACUACUUUACCAGACGGCAGCCUCCCAUCUCCCACCUCAUCUCCCUGUUUGUCAGAGACUCCUCCUCCAAUAGUGUCCAAAUGCUGUCCCACGGCUCCGCUGACCUCAUCCUGGAGGCUUGCACUGACUUUUGGGAUGGAACAGAUAUUUACCCACUGUCGGGCUCUGACAGAAAGAAGGUUCUGGAUUUCUACCAACGUGCCUGUCUGUCCGGUUACUGCUCAGCCUUUGCUUACAAGCCCAUGCAAGUGUCCCUCUCCGGCCAGCUUAUAGGGAAGUGUGUGGAACUGGCCCCAGGUCCCUGCCUUUUCUCUGGGGUGGAACUGCCCUCCACUACACCCAUCAAACACAACUCCAGCAGGAACAGCUGGAGUUCAGACGAGGGAAUUGGUGAGGGGGUGGAGCGGGAAGACUGCAUUACGGCACUCAGUGGGCAGAUAUUCAUGGGCAUGGUGUCGUCUCAGUACCAAGCACGGCUGGACACAGUCCGCCUCAUCGAUGCCCUGGUCACUGCAUGCAUCCGCUUUGUGUAUUUCUCCAUGGAGGAUGAGCUCCGCAGUAAGGUGUUUGCAGAGAAGAUGGGUUUGGAGACUGGCUGGAACUGCCAUAUCUCUCUGACUCCCAACGGGGACGGUCCCUGUGACGGAGCCCCGUCCAGCCCCGGUCAGGGCUCACUUCACGAAGACGUCAACCCAGACUCUCGUGAUGAAGCUGAGGGUCCACUGCUUCCAGAGGAGGAAGCCCACUCAGAUUUGGCCAGUUUUCAGCCCAUAGACAGUGAUGUGCCCAGCUUUCUGGAAGACUGCAACAGAGCUAAGUUACCUCGUGGGAUCCAUCAGGUUCGUCCACACUUGAAGAACAUAGACAAUGUGCCUCUCCUGGUGCCACUGUUCACCGACUGCAGCCCCGACACCAUGUGUGAGAUGAUCGAGAUCAUGCAGGAGAACCGGGAAGUGACCUGCUGCCUAGGAAGUUCUGCAAACUUCCGUAACAGUCGUCUGUUCCUGCAGAGCGACCUCAGCCUGGCUCUGGACCCUCUGUACCCAUCUCAGUGCUCAUGGGAGACCUUUGGCUACGCCACUGGAGGGGGGUUCAGCAGAGACGCCGAAGGGCUGUCCCCUCUGAAGCUGUCGGGACAGCUGAACAGCCUGGGCUGCUCCGUGUCCUUCCACCAAGGAGACAGCGUCAGCAUGGUGAAGCUCAUCGAGCAGGCGCGUCACACAACAUCUGGCAUCCGAAAGUGCUUCCUCUUCCUGCUGCAGUGUCAGCUCAGUCUGGUCAUCAUCCAGUUCCUGGCCUGUCUCAUCCAGCUCCCUCCACCCAUAAACACCACCGACAUCCUCUGGGUUUCCUGCUUCAGCUGCCCCUUACUCAGCGUUUCUCUCCUGGGGAAGCCUCCUGACAGUUCAGUCAUGACCGUCGCUACAGGGAAAAACCUGGAUUCAAUCCCAAAGAAGACGCAGAACUACUUCCUGGGCUGCUUCCUGUUGAAGUUCGGCCUGACGGUGUGUGCUUACCUGCUGGCCUUUGGCUUCACCCUGCAGGCUGUCUGCCCCCCCGACACCAACAUGACCUUGGCCGAUAACAGCACGCUCGCCUGCCGCUCCAUCUUCACUCCCAGCUCGUCAAAGGAGUCUCCAGGCUGGUUCACCGAUCUGUCCAGUGGCCUCCUGCUGACUCAGAAGGUCAUGGCCAGCUUUUUUGUCCUUCACACAGUGGUGAUCUCUCUGAGCUACGUUCACCGCUCCCAGCCUCUGUGGAGGAGGAGUCCCUUCAGCAACACCUGGUGGUGCCUCACCGUUCCCGUCGUAUUGGUGGGCCAGGUCAUCCAGGCUACCGUAGAUUACCAGCUGUGGCAGGACCGGGGCAGCGCCCUGACCUUCCAUUUGGGUCAGAUCCCUCUGGAGUCCUGGCUGGUGGCCUCCCUGUCCCCGCUGCUGGUGAUCGUGGUCAACGAGGUGGGAAAGCUGCACGAGAUACGGGUUCGUGUUCGUUACCAGAAGAGACAGAAGCUGCAGUUUGAGACGAAGCUGGGGAUGAACUCUCCGUUCUAACACUCGCAGGAUUCUGCUGCUGCUGCUGUGGCGGCGGCGGUUUGACCACGCUCGCUGAUGGACACCAGGAACAAUCUGUUUGUGGAGGACAGAAAAUAGGAAAACUGCAAAAAAAAAGUUAAUUUCCACUAAAAUAAAAACAACCAGAACUACUUUUACUCUGUUUUUGAUGUCUGACAGCAUGAGGAGCAGCUUUUUCCUCUCGGGGGAAAAACUAUGUUUGGCAUUUUCUUGCAUAGAUGUGCAGGAUACCACACGGUCCACUGAAACACACCGACUGAAAACGGUAAAAAAAGAGAAAUAUCUGAGUUCAAAGUGCAAUAACCAUGAAAUAACUCAAUGCAUGGAAUUGGAGUAAAAAGUGAGUGACUGUAAAUGCUGUACCUUAAGAUCAAUUCACAAAACGAAUGUUCAACCUGAAAAAGCAGCUUGGACUGUACUUUCUGUACUACUUUUUUAUUUGCUGAGUCAGCUAACCUGCAGCUGAGAUGAAAAUGUGGUUCAGUUGUCGUUUACACAGGGAUUCAUACUUUUAUAUUCUUGCCAAAUGUUGUUUAUGCAAAUAUAUUUUUUAUUUUAGACCAGCAGUAAUGUCAUGUGUUUUUAGGAUUUUUUUUCCCCCAAAAAGUCUCUUGUAAAGUGGUUCAAAGAUGUUCCCAUCACUCUUUACUUUUUACUACUGACGUCACAGGCAUUCAAUAAAGUUUUAUUUAUCGUAUUCAAACUAUGAA